GUGGUACAAGAUGUCAUAAACUACCUUUCCCUUUAUGGGCCAGAUGAUGGACCGGAUUGGUGGAACCACCUUCGGUACGAGAUCACUGACAAAAUGCCUGACGUGGAAAAGUUUCGUCAGGUACCGAAGUAUGUUUGGUGGGAGAUGCAGCCAGAGGUGAUGCGCGUGGCCAGUGAGGCCAAUGGCAACUGGGCUAAUUUCAAGGUUGAAAUGCAAAGGCGGUACCAGUUGGGGGAUGGACUCCUCACGGUGGAGGACUUGGAAAGGUUGGAGCGGUCAGACUUCACGACAAUAGGAGCCUUUGCAACCGCUUUUGAAAAAAUGGCGAGGAAAGUCCCAAGACUGGCGGAAGAGACCCAGUGCGCGAUAUUCCUAAGCAGUUUCACUGAGUGCGAAGGGGUGUCGCUCACCAGGAAAGGAGCUGUGGGGCGAAAGCUAACUUGGAAGACCAUCAAACAAAGUCUGGCUGAUGGGGAGCUGGAUCAAGUAUACCAGUUUCAAAUGAAACAGCAACGCCAGAAGCGAAAGGUUAGGGUUGCCGCUGAAACAACUGGAAUUAAUCUCCAGCAACUUAUUGCGGAUGGGAUAGCGCAGUAUCAGGCUACCCAGCAAAAAGCGGUAGGAAAGCAGGUGAUGGUGGUCACUCACCCGGCGACAAUGACGACGAAGAAAGGAAAAACAGUGGAGCAGGUGGAAGAAGAGGAUGAGGAGGAGGAAGAAGAGGAGCCGGUGAAGCUGACGAAAAGUCAGCGAAAGGCUAGGAACCAGGCCAUGGGCGGUCAAGGGACAGGAAAAGAAGGUGGCCAAGGGCGAGGAGGAGGAGAUCGUGGCGGUGGGUUUGGCAAUGGUGGUCAAGGAGGAAGAGGUGGAGGUUGGAAUGGGCAAGGAGGAGGCGAUAGGCCUCGAUUUGAUUGGAGGAAUGCCACUUGCCACCAUUGUGCGCAGAAAGGACAUACUUUGAAGUUUUGCCAAAUCCGAAAAAUGGACGAGGAUGAGAGAUUGAUAUCUUCGAACUUGGAUAGAGACAUCUAUGACAAAUUCGGAGAGUAUAUAGAUCCCAAGGUUCUAGGCGGCAUUCGAAAGGAGGCGCUCCGACGUGCUAAUCAGCAGCCUGCUCCUCCUGCUAUGUUCAGACUAUGUCUGGAAGAGGAGGUGGAUAAAGGAAACGACGAGGUGGAUGUUGGAGUAAGAACGGCAGGAGAUAAUAGUGAGAAGGGUGGUGUGGUAGAGCGAGAGAAGGAUGAAGAAAACUGUCAGGAGACGGUGGGAGAGACUAUGCGGCACAUGGAAAGCCUCUUGGGGGAAAUGCAGAGGCUAAACUCGGAACUGAGGACAAUUUGUGAUGAGGUAAGUAAACCGAUGGUUUACUUGUUGGGACCGCAAACAGGGUCAUCAGGUGCUAAGCCAGCACGCGGAACUUUGGGUUCUAGAGGGCAAUCGAGGGCACCACAAGCUAUGCAGACAAGGAGCAAGAAGGGUAAUCCUGCCAAUGAGGUAGAACCAUCGAAUAAGGGCGAGCCGCGAGAGAAGGGGCCAGUGACUAAGGUGGAUACAGGAAAUGAGAAUGAUAAUGAGGAUGAGCGAUUAAGGAAGGAAGAGGAAGAGCAAGCUGGUGAGCGUGCCAAGAAAAGGAAGGCUGAGGAGUGGCCGGAGACGGUAGCAAAAGGAGAGACUUCUCGCAAGCAAAGAUAUGCGGUACCUUUGGAGGAAGGAUUGGAUAUUGAGGGUAUGGUGGACACGCUCCUUAAGGGUCACAAUGAGUUGUUGAACCUGAAGGACAUCCUUGCGUCAACGUCAAAGCUCCGCGAGGAAUUCAAGGCUAGACUUUACCGGCGACGAGUAGCAAGUGUGAGGCUUGGUGAUCUUAUCCCAGCUGAAGCCCAUUGGGCGACUCCUGGAACUAAGAUGGAUUGGAAAUCUGUCGCGAGCGGGAACGUGAACCUGAUCAUAAAGGGGAAGUCGUGUAGUGGGAUGCUGGACACGGGAGCAGAAAUGAAUAUCAUUAAGGAAGCAGAUGCGCUUCGGCUAAGACUGGAUAUAGACAGGGAAGACAUGGGUUUCCUAUAUGGCGCGAGUGGACGGACACCCUUCAUCGGGACAGCCGCGAAUGUCGUUGUGGAAGUGGGGAAGGUGAAGGUAAGGUCCUGCUUUUAUGUCAUGCCAGAUUUGGACCGUCCUCUGUUGCUAGGAAGGUCAUUCCUUUGCCGAACAGAGUCAGUGAUUUUAAAUAAGCACGACGGCAUUAUGUACGUCAUCCUGAGUGAUCCGGUUUGCCGCAACUACGAGAUUAUUACCUGUCAUAAUACAGGUCCUCGUAGUAUGAGGAACAGGCCUAACCCAGGUUUAUUUACCUUCGAGGAGUUCGAGAAAGAAAGGAGGCGGUUUAUGGGGAACGAUGAAGUGGAGAGUGAGCCAUAUGGUGAGAUGUUGCUGAGCUUGACAAGUAUCAACGAUGCAAUGGAGAUAGUCUCAGCGUAUGGAAUGGCGGAUCCUGUGGCGGUACGGGCGCUGAAGGAAAGGGUUGUGGAUCGCGAAGGUGAAGUGGAAUUGGUGUAUCGAUUACCAAAGAAGGAAGGACAUAUGGAAGAAUCUCAAGGCCAUGCUGCGAGUCAGCCUUUUUUAGGGGUGGACUCAAACAAGGCUCCUGAAGGCGGUACAAACGCGAGGAUGCUGAGGUUGAGACCCCAGCCUUUGGAUCGACGGGGUAGGCCCAUGCAUUUCGACGGGGCCAACCUGGACCAGUUUCUUGAGAGUUUUGCCAUCUUAGCCAGUGAGCAGAGAUGGACUGAGGUGCAGGGUAUCCGACAGAUUCGGCAUUGGGUUAUUUCUGAGCUUAGACACGAGGUGAGUGCGUUGAUACCCUCCAUAUUGUCCUGGAGGGGGCUUGAGGCAACACUUAGAGGUGCGUUUCCAACUAGUAGGAGGCGCAGUCUGUAUAGGGGAGAUCGGGAUUAUAUCCCAGAGCUCAGGAUAUGGGUUGAGGAGCGACAGCGGGAUCGGAGGCAGGGAGGAGAUGAGCAACACGAUAUCCCGCGUGUGCAUCAUAUGGAGAGAGGAGCGGAUUAUGGUGAGACAACUGUAGAGGCUGCUCAUGAGGAGAGAGCCAGUGCCGUUGAGAGGCCAGCUGAGGCUACGACCGGAGGAGAGGAGGCUAUAUUACCUACGAGUGAGUGGUAUGACGACUCGUUGGCGCUGAGUGUGGAGGUAGUGCGAGAGCUCGAGACAGGGAGAGCUGGUCAGGAGGAGACUCAGAGAGUGGAGGAGAUUGUUCAGCCAGAUGAGACGGCGGUGGCCCCAGACAUAGGAGCGGAUACGUUGGGAGGUUCGUUACCUCAGCAGGAGAGUGUGUCCCGAGCAUCGUCAGGAGAUAGGGGAGAUCGCCCGCUGAGGUGGAGAGACACCCAUGGUGUGAUAGAUGGGCUGCCAGUGAUUGAGGUGCGGUCUACAGAUGAGCCGACUACUACAUCAGUAGGGCAAGAGCAGCUUGGGGAGGUUGAGACAUUGCUAUCGCAAGGGGAGCUGCCUGCGUUGGAGGAGGUUCAGACGGGUGAGGAGGCGCAGAGAUCUGAGGAUUCCUUGACUACCCUACUAUAUACUAUCGAGUCCCCUAGCCUGUUGAUGCGGCAGGAAGAGUCCCAAUUGGCGGACGGAGAGAGAGAGACGCAGCGUAUAGAAGAUGAGGUGUUGAGGAUAGACCCGGGGGCCCAUAUGGAUGAUCUCCACGCAGACGGCUUGGUGUCGUCACCGCUAGUCUUCGAUGAGACUCCUCGUCGAGAUGACGAGAGAGAGGGAGGCAGUAUGGGUGCUCAUGUCGAGACAGAUAUGAGGUCUACUCAGGAUGAGCUGGAGACGCAGAGAGGGGAACCCUCAACUGAGACACAGAGGGUAGAGGAGCGCGAGCAGGCUGGUGGAGACACAUGGUUAGCUGAGAAGAUGAGGAGGAUGCCGCCAUUACGUUUCCCUAGCUGGGAGGCUUUUGAGCUGGGAGGCCAGGCUGCUAGGCCAGUUUUAUCUGAGGAUCAGAGGAUUGGAGGACUUAGAGUGCUCCAUGAUGACCUCACACUGCAGAGGGAUUACAUCGCCAGAGGCCUUACUGCAGCACGCUAGGCGACUGAGGAUGUGAGAGACUAUGCUCUGAGAGUCGCUACUAGGUCCUUUGAGU